UGAAGUGAACACAUGGCCCGCAAAACUACUCAGUAGCUGCGGCCUCUCAAGCGUAGAAAACGCUCGGGAAACGAUGUCCUGCAUUGGAACUUGGAGUUUUGCUCUUGAUGCUGUCACAUCUGCUGCUUUUGAAAUCCAAACCAAUGCUAAUGUUGGAUGUAUAGAUGUUCUUGAGAAAGCAAUCAAUGUCGUUGAAGACAACCCGGACACAGGGAAAUACUACAUAGGGAGAGGUUGCUACCCUAAUUCGGAGGGUGUGGUGCAACUUGACGCUGCAAUAAUGAGAGGGUCCGAUUGUUCAGUUGGGGCUGUGGCUGCCCUAGAAAGAUAUGCCAAGCCGAUAUCGGUAGCUAGAAGAGUGCUUGAAAAAUCCAGUGCUAACAUACUGGUUGGAGAAGGAGCUACUCAGUUUGCUAGAGAGCAGCAAUUUCUUCUCGAGGACAAUGAUAGCCUACUUAUCCCUGAAACCAAACAAGCGUAUGAGGAGUACAAACGCAAACAUACGUUACCAAAGCCCACUGGACACGAUACAAUGUCUGUCCUGUGUUUGGAUCGUGGUGGGUACAUCGCUGCUGGUGUGUCUACUUCUGGCCCACCAUUCAAGCCUCCUGGCAGAGUGGGGGAUUCCCCUCUUCCCGGCUGUGGACUGUACGCUGAUGAUAGAGCUGGAGCAGCAGCAGCUACUGGGGAUGGAGAACGGAUUAUGCAAUUUUGCCCCAGUUAUCAGAUAGUGCAACACAUAAGAAGGGGAGACUCACCCCAGGUCGCCUGUGAGAGCGUGGUCACUGACAUGCUGUCUCAAACUAACAAGUGGUUUGAAGUAGGACUGAUUGCUCUUGACAACAAGGGCAAUGUUGGUGCUGCUGGGACAAUCAAGGAAUGGAGGGACUAUAGAGAUGGAAAAGUGUACAAUGGAUUCCCAUAUGCUGUUUGGACAACUGGCAUGGAGCCCACCAUACUCACACAGCCACCAUGCGAAUUCAAUGCCCCACAAACAAAUGAACUCGAAUCAAACUCUCCAUACAAAAAUUAAUAAGUGAUCAUGCGAAUUCAAUGCCCCACAAACAAAUGAACUCGAAUCAAACUCUCCAUACAAAAAUUAAUAAGUGAUGCUGCUCAAAA